AUGUCGACAAUCACUUAUACUAAUCAAAUACCAUUGCAACAAACAAAUGCACCACCACUACCACCACCACAAAGAUACAUGAAUUCACGUCGUCGUGGUGGUGUUUUUGGGGAUAGCCAGUUCAAUUAUAGGAGGAGCAAUCAAUAUAGUUAUAGGGGCAACCCAUAUAAUUAUCGAAAUUAUCCGAAUAGAGGCAAUCUAUACAAUCAAAAACAUUUUUAUCAUCGAAAUAUUUAUUAUAAUCGAAAUUAUCAACCACAGCGUUAUUAUAAUGGCUAUAAUGCUGGUGGCUAUGGUAUUAUAAGUCGGCCAACACCACGACAAGGAAGAUUUUAUCAGAGACCAAUUAGAAGAAUAAAUCAAAAUCGACCAGAAAGUCGUUUCAAUUGA